UCUCAGGUAUUCUACCUGACGACAGGUUGGCCCAACACGGUGUUCGCGCGUGUGACUGGCUGGAUAACCGCUUACAUCAACGUGGAGCGAUGCCUGUGCGUCGCGAUGCCACUGAAGAUCAGAAGAAUACUCACGCACGGCCGCUGCGUCGCCAUCAUCGUAGCCAUCUACGUCGGAGUAAUCGCCGGCGUCUGUCCCAUCUACUUUACCACGGGGCUGCAGUGGCGAUUCGAUUCCGCCAAGAAUCGAUCUAUUAUUGGUCUCAAUUUUAUAGGCGCCAACAGGGAGGAGAUCAAGCGCGUGGCUCUGGGUAUAACCAACGUCUUCUCACCCUUCACCAGCUUCGGGCUCGUCAUCGUCUGCACGAUGGUCCUGGUUGUGAAGCUCAACAGUAAAUCUAAAUGGCGGCAGAGUGUCACGCGAGAAGUAGGUCACGUUAAGGUUCCAUCCCCUAACAAAGAAAUCGCUAGACUGGACGGAAAGUCUAAAAGCGUCAUCGAGAAUGGCGGCUCUGAUAAACAAGGCGAAAAGACGACAGAGUCAGCCGCGGUCGCCAAGGACGCCAAAAUUGUAAAACUCGUCGUCGUGCUGUCGACCAUCUACAUUGCGAGCUCGCUGCCGAGCGUCCUGCACUUCGUGUGGAUGAUCGUGGACCCCGAGUACACGGUCGUGGGCCGGCAGAACAACGUGCAUCUCUCGGUGGCCGGCGUGACGUUCGUGUGCCAGGCCACGUACUCCAGCGUGACGCUGUUCGUGUACCUGUACAUGAGCACCAGCUUCAGG